UUUAAUUCGUAAAUUUAAGUACAUUUUUAAAAUGAGUGAAAUAUCCUAAAUUACAUAAAACUAAGUCGAAGUUCAAACAUAAGAUUAAACCAAUGUCAAACAAGAGAAUGAAUAAAAUCCAAAUGUAGAAUAAUAACCUGAUCCUCAAUUAAAACAAGAAUAGCCUGAAAAAUAACCUAAAAAAAAGGAACAACAAUAAUAAGGAAAAAAGAAACCUUAAUAAUAAUAACUUUAAUAGCAGGCUCCCCCUCAAGAUUUUGGACCAUUUACAGAUUUUGUUAGCGUAGAUAUAAGAGUUGGUGAAUUAAAAAAAGUCUGGAAGGUAUUUUGAUUUUAAAUUCAAGCAUGAAGAAUCAGAUAAAUUGUAUUGUGAAGAAAUUGAUAUUGGAGGAGAAAUUAGAUAAAUAGCAUCAGGAUUAUAAUAAUUUGUGCCUAUUGAAGAAAUGACAGGAUAAGUUUUAGUAUUAGUAAAUCUUAAAGCAAGAAAAUUGGCAGGUAUAUUACAUCUUUAUUUUAUUUAGGUUUUAUGUCUAAUGGUAUGGUUUUAUGUGCAUCUGAUGCAGCUCAUACAAAAGUAGAAUUGAUGAGACCUGCUCCUGGAAGUAAAUUAGGAGAGAGAGUCAAAAUACAAGGACAUGAAAAUAUCUUCAAGGAUGAAAAAGAAGAUGUUUUAAAUCCAAAAAAAGGAUAAUGGGAAAAAGUUGCCCCACUUUUGAAGACAAAUUAAGAUCUUUAAGCAGUUUUUGAUGGUAUUAAAAUAUAAUAUUAAUUUUAGGACAUCUAUUAAUAACAUCAUAAGGUCCAAUUAUUAGCAAGACAUUAGCUAAUUCAAACAUAUCUUGAGAAAUAUAUAUAAAAGAAAAUAAG